CAUUGCACCAAGCAGCAGAAUGAAGGACACUUCUCUCCUGCUCCUGCUGAGCUCCCUGUUCUGCUGCUCAACAAACGCAGCUCGUCUGACGGUGACUCCCAGCAGCUCUCAGGUAUUUAGAAAUGAACCUGUCUCUCUGAGAUGUGAGGACGCCUCUGAUGGAUGGACUGUGAGGAGAAGCACGAGCUAUGAGAACAGAGCUGAGUGUGAAGACUGGGGAACACCUGCUGGUUCCUCCUGUAACAUCAGCUCCUCUGACCCUGUGGACAGUGGAGUGUACUGGUGUGAGUCCACAGAGGGAUCCACCAGUAACACCAUCACCAUCACCGUCUCUGGUGGAUCAGUGAUCCUGCAGAGUCCUGCCCUCCCUGUGAUGGAGGGAGAUGACGUCACUCUGACCUGUAGAACAAAGAUGGCCGACCCCCCCUCUGCUGAUUUCUACAAAGAUGGCGUCUUCAUCAGGACUGAGUCUGAUGGUCACAUGACCCUCCACCAUGUUAACAGGUCUGAUGAAGGCCUCUACAAGUGUAGAGUCCAGAAUGAAGGAGAGUCUCCAGAGAGCCGGCUGUCUGUCUCAGAAAGACCUCCGACCUCCUCCCUCCACCUUGUGUUCAGGCUGAUCUGCCACCUGGUGGUUUUCUGCCCGUACUGCAUCUCCACUUUCCUCAUGGUGUCUAUUUAUCGAGAGAGGGCCAGAGGAAGUGACCCGCCCACCCAUGCUGAGCAGGGAUUGGACGAUGACUACGAGGAUGUCAUGUCUGCUGUCACCACAGAGCAUCAGUUCUGAAACAGUGGAGGACCCAGAACGCUUCCCUGAGGAACGCCAUGUUUUGAACUCAGUGUAAUUACAUUCAAUCAUGUAUUGACUGAUAUCGUGCACAUGCAAUAUUAUUCCCUUUAUUUCUGAAGCAGUGGUCUAUUAGCAUUAGCAGCUAAUGCUCAGUACAAAGAAGAUAUGCAGAUACAAAGAAAACAUAUACUAAAGUUAAACAAUUAGAAAGUUGUAAUUUUGGCCAUUUUCUUUCACAUUUCAGGAAAAUCUACUAAACUUUUAAAAUCAUUGAAUUCAUUCAGGAUUUAUCCCAAAAAUCUCCUAAAGCUUUUCACAAAC